GAGUAGAACAGGAAGUAGGCGGCAGCCCUCCCCCCACGGGAGUCUCCGUCCAAGAUGGCGGACCUCCACCGCCAGCUGCAGGAGUAUCUGGCGCAGGGGAAGGCAGGCGGACCAGCGGCCGUAGAGCCGCUUCUCGCCGCGGGAGAGGCGGAGGAGCCCGCGGCUGGGGCCGGGCCGGCGGGAGCGUGGCUGGGCCGCGCGGGCCUGCGCUGGACGUGGGCGCGGAGCUCCGCGGAGCCGACGGCGGCGGCGGCGGCGGCGGGACCAACGUGCAUGCCGAGCGUGACGCGCGCUCAGCGUCUGGCGGCGAGUGGCGUGUGCCUCCUGCUGGCCGCGCUCUGCUUCGGCCUGGCCGCACUCUACGCGCCCGUGUUGCUGCUGCGCGCCCGCAAGUUCGCGCUGCUGUGGUCGCUGGGCUCGGCGCUGGCGCUAGCCGGCGGCACGCUCCUGCGGGGCGGCGCGGCGUGCGGACGCCUGCUGCGCGGCGAGGAGGCGCCGUCGCGGCCCGCGCUGCUCUACGUUGCCGCGCUGGGCGCUACGCUGUACGCGGCGCUGGGUCUACGGAGUACGUUGCUCACGGCGCUGGGCGCCUGCGCGCAGGUGGCCGCUCUGCUGACCGCGCUGCUCGGCCUGCUACCUCGGGGCACCGGCACUGCCCUGCGCAUCACGCUCGGGCGACUGGGCCCCGGCGCCGCCCUCGCCAAGGCGCUCCCGGUGUGAGAGGCCCGGGGCCCGCGCCGUCGAAAAGGACGCAGAGUCCGUCCCCGAGACGCGCCGUCGGGAGACCUCACGGAGCCGCCCCCGGGGCCCAGCGCUCUCCAAGCCAAGGACUGCGCCCGCCG